UCCGAUCGUCCUCAUAUCCAAAUCACCACAGCGCCAUCAUGAUGCUCGCUCGCGCCUUUCGCACAGCGCACGCCUCUCGCCUGCCCGUCUACCGCGCGACGUGUCGCGGCCUUGGUACGUCCACGGGCUGCAAGGCGUCGUGCCUCUGCGGCGCAUGCCAAGUGGCGACGACGACAGCGCCAAAGUGGGUUGUCAACUGCCACUGCUCGCAGUGCCGCCGAGCGCUCAGCGCGUCCUACGCGUCGCUCGCGGGCUUUGAUGUCGACGCGCUCUCGGUCACGAAGGGCCAUGACCACAUCGUGAGCCACACGACCGGCCGCGAAGAGCGCUUCUCGUGCAAGAUUUGUUCGUCCAAGGUGUAUGCGCACUUGCACCAUCUGAACCACAAGGCGAUCUACAACGAUUCGUUCACGAGCCCAAACCACGGCCCGGACGGUAAGAUCGCGCCGGGUUUUGCGCCAGCGAUGCACAUCUUUUACACCUCGGGCAACACGAACGUUCUCGACGGCUUGCCCAAGUACGUCGACUUGCCCGCUGCGUUUGGUGGCUCGGACAAGACAGUACCGGAGAAGUACCACCACUAAAUGGCCGCUGCAUGUCCCUUGCACUCGAGCAGCUCGCGUCCACCCGCUUCGGCGGCGAGCGUGUUGUGUAGCCCACUUCUAACGUUGAAUCAAAACACAAUGUGGUUUAGUUGAUA